UUUCUUCGGUUUUAUCGCAACAUACGUGAGAUACAUUCGAAUAAGCUUUUUUUGUAGGUAAUAUCUGACCUAAAUUUAAAUACUGGCCAGGUGUGUCUUUAAUUCCCACGGUCAUUAAAAACAUACUUGGUAUAAAUACUCCUGAAAUGUGUCCAGUAUACCAGAUUGAUAGCUAUUCGUUACAACAACAAAAAGCAAGUGUCUUAAAAUGUUUUUGUUUCUUUAUAUCUUCGCCAUUAUAGCAAUACUUGAAGCAUCAGGCGCAAGUAUAAAUGAAGUUCCAAAAAUCGUCGGCGGUUCUGUAGCAGAGGACGGACAAUAUCCGUAUCAAGCCUCAUUACGUUACAAAAAUCGUCAUUUUUGCGGAGGAUCUGUACUGAACGAGAGAUGGGUACUAACAGCUGCUCAUUGUUUAUCAAGUUUCAACGAUACGUCCAUAGCUGUCGUGUUAGGUUCCAAUACUUUAGACAAAGGUGGCGACGUAUAUCAAUCUGAAAAAAUAAUUAGCCAUCCAAAAUACAGUUCUAUAUUGAUUAGAAAUGAUAUCGGACUGAUCAAAGUGGACAAGGACAUCGUUUUCGGAGACAAAGUGAAGCCCAUCGCGUUACCUAAUGAAAACUUCGGCAAAAUAGAUUAUCCCGCUGUAUUAUCUGGUUGGGGAACUACUAGCUAUCCCGGACAAACGCCGAACGAUCUAUAUUACAUACAGCUAAGUGUAAUCGAUCAAAAACAAUGUUUAAACGCCAGCUUCCGUGUCACCAACGACAAUAUCUGCACACUUAACAAGAGAGGUGAAGGCGCUUGUCACGGUGAUUCCGGUGGCCCCUUAGUUGCCGACAAUGAACAAAUUGGAGUUGUAUCCUGGGGAAUACCAUGUGCAAGAGGUCGACCGGAUGUCUUCACCCGUGUCUACAGUUAUAUUGAUUGGAUCAAAGAUCACAUAGAAAAUAAGAAUUAGAUAGGGAGAUGAUUGAAUCUAAUUAAAUUACAGUUAAAUGAAUGUUACAUGGUGGAUUAUGUACACCUUUGCACUUUGUGAUUUCUCAAAGAAUACAACUAUGAAAUAAAUCAUUUAAUUAAUUACAAA